AUGCUAGGAAAAAAUCUAAACUGUCCCUGGCCGGCAAGACAACCAGGGCAUAAUCCAAACCACAAGCAAUGGGCCCAAAGACCAAGACCUAACCCACAACCCAAGCCCAAAGGCUUCAGCCUCGGCCCAGAUGCAGGAGACCCAGCACCAAUCCAAGCCCUCUCUCUACACCUCGACGCUGUCGCCGGUGUCCAGACUCUAUUCCAGCUCAAACCCAGUGGAUUAGCUUCCAAGAUUGAAGCUUUCAAGCGACAACCACAGCCGCCAAGGAUGCACCAAACCUUGUGCCGCCCCACAGAUCGAAACAGAUCCCAGGUUUUAAUUCUCCAAAUCAAGAAUCAGGGCAUAUCUACAUUGGAACCCCAUAUCUCGCUUCUGCGUGUAAAAAUUGGAAUAGAGAAUAUGUCAGUUGUAGCUGCCAAUAAGAAGCUUAAGAGAGAAAUCCCACCUCCUCCUUCUCCACCACCACCAUGGUCUGAUCUUCACAUUGACAUAUUAGUUUGCAUCAUGGGACGCCUUUGUUAUGUGGAUCAGAUUCAUUUUGGUGCUGUUUGCAAGAAUUGGGGACUAGUUUCUGGUGUGAAGCCUGCAGAUAAACUCCCUUCGGUUCUGACACUGAAUUUUAACUGCAAGCAUGAUUAUUAUCCCAUUACCCUAUAUGAUCCAUCUAGCAGCAUUACUUACGAGCUUGAUCAUGAAAUUGAACGGUCAACUGUCCCAGGGUUUGGCAAACUACAAGUGUGUGGUGCAGGAAAGAACGGUUGGUUACUUCUAGCAGAUAUUACACCAAACAUAUUUUGCUUUGACUCUAAAAUUUAUGUCUACAAUCCUUACAGAGAUGGGGAAUAUAUCAAUUUACCCCAUUUGACUGGCAGUAGGAUCAAAGCCACGUUUGGUGGUACCUCUGAUCUAACAUCUAGAGAUUGUUUGUUUUUCCCGGUGCAUGAUGUUGAAGAGGAUCAAAUGGGGUUGAGAAUUAGCACUUGCCGCCAUGGUGAUAGAAGGUGGACUAGCCAUUUUAAAGAUAGGCAUAGUAAGGAGAUAUUAAUUGGUGUGUUCCAUGUCAAGGGCCUCUUCUUCUGUGUCUUCAAAAGUGGAAUGCUAGGUUCAUUCAACCCAGAUACCAAAGUUUGGAGCUUGCUGGAUACUGCUGAAAAUAUGGAAUUAGUGGAGCUUCAAAAUCUAGCAGCUUUCGAAGCUAGUGUUGUUGAGUCUGAUGGAGAGGUGUUGCUGGUGUACUUUAAGCGGGACUAUAAGCCUUGGCACAUUUUCAAGCUAGAUUGGUUGCAAAUGAAAUGGGUAAAGGAAGUUAGCUUGGGUAAAAGAGUGUUAUUUCUUGGUGACAUCUCGUUUUUGUAUUCUGCUGAUGGUGAAAUAAAGGACUUGGCUGAUCGUAUCUAUUAUCAUGGUUUUAGGAAAUCUUACUUCUAUCCAAUCAAGUCGGGUAUUGGUAGGCUCCGCAGCAAUGCAUUAAUACGCCAUUCAUGCAUACAUUAUGAGUCACGAAGCGAUCAUAUGCUCAGAGUUUGGAUCAAACCACCAACACUAUAAGGAUAUGCAGUACAUGCUAGCAUCAAUCG